GCCACGCCCCUCUGCUCGCCUCGUGCUCAGGGGAGGGGGACUGAGGGUAGAUGGCGCGAGGACUCUGAGCAGCGGAGCGAGCGGUCAGUGCGAGGCAAGCAGGUGAUGCCACCGUGUGUGCCAUAGCAGCGCUCCAGAAAUAUUGAAGCUCCAUGAGGUUUGUUCCUUUCCUUCACCUGCAUUACCACUGAUGUUGCAUAUAAAAUAUCAGUUUUGCUGCCUUGUAUCUCCAUCUUGGCUGAAAGUGCGGAGCGACCCUGUACACUUUUUUGAGCAGUCUUGAGCAUACAACCUCUACUGUCUGUAAACAAGCUUGUUUUGUGAAGAUUCAUCUCAGAGCCUCCUGCUCUGCAGGGAGAUGCUUCCUGAAAGUGGCUGAGCCUGCAGCCUCCGGAAUAUGCCGCAGUGUGACCACCUUUCCAACACCACGGACCGUGUGAGGGAAUCAUCCACCACCGGCCCUGGGAGGCAUGGUGACGACCUUCAAGAUUGCGGUACUUGGGGCCCAAGGAGUGGGAAAAAGUGCCAUUGUCCGUCAGUUCAUGUACAACGAGUUCAGCGAGACCUCUGUUCCAACCAAUACUCGACGUGUCUUCCUACCAGCUGUUGUCAUGAAUGGCCAUGUUCACGAACUUCAGAUCAUGGACUUUCCUCCCAUAUCUUCCUUCCCUGUCAACACCCUACAAGAGUGGGCAGAUUCAUGCUGUCGGGGGCUCAGAAGUGCACAUGCUUACAUCCUCGUCUAUGACAUCUGUUGCUUUGAUAGCUUCGAAUAUAUCAAGACCCUGAGGCAACAAAUACUGGAAACAAGAGUGAUUGGCACAUCUGAGACACCUAUUAUCAUAGUUGGCAACAAACGUGACCUGCAGCGAGGCCGUGUUAUCCCACGAUGGAACGUUUCGCAUUUGGUGAAGAAGACAUGGAAAUGUGGCUACAUUGAAUGCUCAGCCAAGUAUAACUGGCACAUAUUACUACUUUUCAGUGAACUGCUUAAAAGUGUAGGCUGUGCUAGAUGCAAGCAUGUACAUGCUGCAAUACGCUUCCAAGGAGCACUACGCCGCAACCGCUGUUCAGUCAUGUGACAUGGAGUCACAGUUUUUUUAGUUUCAGUGACACUGGAUACUUGGACUUCUCUUAAGCAAUGGCACAGCAAGUGGACCUACACAAGAAUUCAGUUUCACCAAUGGCAAUUUACAGCUUUCCAAGAUGUUCUAUGUGAUAUCAUAGCAUAGCGUUUCCAUGCUUCUUUUAAAGAAGAUAUAGGAAUAUACGGCUUCUGUGAUGAUAUCGAUCGCUCUCUUUUUUCUUUUAACCCCUUUAAAUCUGAAAAUUGUGUCUUGUAAUGACAUAAUAACCCUUUAGUGAUUACGUUGACUUUAGAUUACAUGGUGUGUGCUUGAAAUCCUUUAUUGUGCUGUUAUUUUAAAAAUGGAGGACCUUUUUCUGUUAAAAAAAAUGGAGGACCUAUUCUUGUUUGGUAUGGAUGAUGUUAGUUACUGUGAACAUUCUAAGAUGGAAUUAUGGAUGAUGGAGCCACAUGUAGCUACUGUAAUUAUUAAACCUCAGGCCAGCAGACCCUCCUUUAAGGGUCACUGUUAUAUUUCUUGA